AUGGCCGCAUCAUAUGAGUUCAGGCGCGUGUUCGCGGCGUUCGAUCAGGACGGCGACGGCAAGAUCUCCACGACCGAGCUGCGGCUCUGCAUGAAGGCGGCGCUGGGCGGCGACAUGUCGGCCGAGGAGGUGCAGGCCCUGAUGGUGUCCGCGGACGCCGACGGUGACGGGUUGCUGGACGAGGAGGACUUCCUGAGGCUGGUGCGGGAGACGGACGCCGGCAAGGAGGAAGAGGGAGACAGAUGCAAAGAGGCGUUCGGGAUAUACGAGAUGGAAGGGAGGGGCUGCAUCACCCCGCUCAGCCUCAAGCUGAUGAUGAGCAGGCUAGGGCUGCACCUGAACGUUGACGAGUGCCAGGCCAUGAUCCGCCGGUUCGACCUCAACGGCGACGGGGUGCUCACCUUCGACGAGUUCAAGACCAUGAUAAUGAUGGCAUGACAUACAAAAACUGAACUUUGUAUACUUUCUCGGGUUGAUUGUAAUUCCUUAAUUUCUAUCUUCGAUUCGGCGGCACAUACAAGUGUAUUGUUCUAUAGCCAACUAGACUGGCUUAAUAUCCCAACACCCAUAUCCCUUGAGAAAAACAAAAGUGCCAAACUAAAAAAGAUGAACAAAUGACAAUGCUUCCAUUUCCAGUGCUCCACUAUAAUAUCAGUGGAUACCUGGGAGGGACAUGACACAUCUAUAAAAUGUUGCAACGAAGAAAAAACAUCUUUCCAGCAGUAGCCUAUAAAUAGCACUUUACCCAUCAUUGUUCCAACAUACCUGGUCCUAAUGAAAACAGAUGGACCAGCAGACUUCACACUUGACACGCUUCGGUAAAAAGAACAGACAGGUAUUAAAAAAAAGGAGCUAUAAAAUCUUAGCAGAUCACUAUGACAAGCAGAAACUACACACCGACACGGUGAGACCUUAGCUAAAACUCAAACUGGGAAAGGAGGAACAUUUUCAGCUAGGAAAUGGUACUUACAAAGACCCACUAUAAAACUAUAGGGAUAAGGUAUCUUGAGAAAGUAGCAUGUAAAAAAA